UCGACGGCAACGUCAGCGCUCAAUCAGUUGGCGAGCAAGCUGGAGAGCGGAGCUCCGGAACGCUACAAGCUGAAACGCCGGAACACCCGACAGUCGAAAGUGGUUCGAUUAGCGACGUGGUGAAGUUUUUUUUUUUCAAGCGGAUAUAUAGUAUAUACAUAUAAGUUCUUGCUGGCCAAAACAAAGGGGGGCAUUGCAAAAAUCACCAAACUUUAGCCAGAAUGCCAAGCCAACAGAUUUGUUGUUGAGAAAAUAAAGACAUGGCCCAGCUACAGAAUGUGGGCCAGGAUCAUCAGGCUGUGGUUGGUUCAACAUUGGCUUCAGUACUGCUGCUGACAGGAUUGGUGUUUACACUUUUGGGAAUUAAGUUCUUUGGCUUCCGGCGACGACUGACUUUCGACAGAACCCAGGUGCAACAGCCCCAACAACAGCAGCAGCCACAACAGCGACAGCCGCCACGUUACGCAGCUUAUGAAUCGCAGGUAAACGGCACCGACACCGCCGUCCAUGGAGUCUUUCGGCGUCGCAAUCUCGAGGAAUUCGAAAGUCCAUGGCCAUCGGUUUCGGCAGCAACGCCAGGCAGUAGCUACAUAACUGGAAGCGUUCCAAAUCUGCGCUUGAUUGGCGCCGCCAGUCCCAAGGAGACGAGGGCCACCGAACACUCCAAAGUCUCCUACCGAGGACAGACCCAGUCGCAACGGGUACGACGUCAGCAGGUGCACAGUGAGCACUAUGAGUACUACACAGCCCCGCCCACACGCCAGCCGCCUUCACCGCCCACGCAAACAGAUCCUGUCCAGGAAACAGCGACUUCAGAAUCAAAUGAGGCAACAGCAGCUGCUCCCGCAAAGCCAUCCGUGCCGGAAACAGCUCCAGAGCCACCCAUCGAACUGGGAAUGCCCAAUUUCAAUCACUUUGCGGAAAAGUACGAGCUAAUCAGCGUACAACCCGCCAAAGAAGUCAGCCGGCCCACAAACUUGAGGUGCAAGAGCAGUGGUCGGUAUGUCAAGUUCGAGCCGGUGGACGAUGUCCCGGAGAUUCUGACGCCUGAGGACCAGGUGCCAGAGCUACUGUCGCCCGAUGACGGGCUGGGAGGACCACUCUCCGUAAUUGCUGUGGUGCACCAAGGAGCUAUACCGAAAUCCGAACCGGAAACUCCAACAGAAACAGAACUCCGAGAGGAGCCACCCCGAGAUACGGACUCAGCUUUUGUGGUGGAAAUAAUAGCUGGUAGUCCGGAGGCAGAAGUUACGCCACAAAUUGAACGAAACCUCUUCGCCGACCUGGAACUACCACAAGGUGAGCUGGAUACGGAUUUUCAGCGAAUACGCUCCUCCUUCAUUAUGAACGAAGCCGACAUCCUGGACGUGGAUCAACAGCAGAUGCCUUCGUCCAGCAGCCCGCCUGGAUUCGGCAAAGACAUCGACGAGGACUGGGAGAACUUUGAGAACCUCGAUACCGUUGUGGCAGUUCCAGAGCCCAACUGGGCACUGCAUCCCAACAGCCUGGAGCAAGUGCCCACGGUAGAGACUACGCUGAGGGAGGCAACGAUCACCCUGGACAAUGUCGAGCAGACGGAGAAUCUUUUCCAUCGGCUGGAGCUGAUGGAACCCAGAUUAGAGAUCUUCGAACCGGAACAUGAACCUCCGGUACCGAUUAUGCCGCCGCCACCGCCCUACGACCCGGGUCUUCCCUACCUGCCCGACUACGAGUCCCUGAUGCAGCUGGACGUUUCUCGGAGCUCUCAAAACUUGCCCAACUACACCGAGGUCAUGGAACAAAGAUCCAAGAAAGCCAAUUAUGUAAGUAGCAUAGAGGACCUGUAUGCCGAACUGGAAGUAAACGAAACGGAAGUGCUGGGACCUGGAGUACCCCAGAACAAUGGCAUCGACACUUUCGAGGAGCUGUGCCAGGAAAUGUCCGUGACAGUGGUGCCGGCACCACCGACGCGUCUGCCACCCCAGCCCGCUCCAAGAUCCCUGAGAUCGUCGACUCUCAACGCCCGCGGUGAUGCUCCUCCCCUCGCUUGCUAUCACCCAGAAGAGCUGCCCAGCUCCAGUUCCAGUGAUGCCGACGGGGAGGUGGCUGAAGUCACUCGAUCAGCUCCUGAGCCUGCCAAGCGGGUUCGAUUCGAUGUGGAAAACCUGCAAUACUACCAAUCCGCCGAAGUGGUAACCUCCAGUGACGAAUCCGAGGAGGAAGUGGAGCGACCACGUCCUACACCCAUGCAGCGCUGCAUUGUGUUCGACUCUCGGACAGACGACCAUGGAGUGCCAAGUCUUUUUGGGGCGCAAGUCUCCCAGGCGAACAGUGAUGAUGACGACGAUGGCUUCGGCCGGGCCAUCAGCCAGCACCGGUCCAUGACGGCAGCACUGAGAACUGUAGCCGUCAGGGGCGACACGGAGGCCUAGAUGGCCGCCACCAUUCCCAAAACUUCCUUAGCAAAUACAGUAUUUUAUGUGUUAAUUAUCGCCGAAUGGCUAUGACCUAUUCAUGUACAUAUGUUUCGCAGAUAAGUUGCCAUAUCACGUUAACUAUAUAUUAUAAUAAAGUUAUAGCAGGAAAGCCAUUAAAGAUAAAGAAAAAUAUAUAUUUCUGGGAAUGCUCAGAGGUGCAAGUGAGUCAAUAAAGUAAGCUUAUGUUCUUCA